UUAUUUCCCCUUUAGUAGAUCUAUUCUAGAUAAUAUCUAGAGAUCUGGACUUGAUAAGAAAGAACAAUAAUCAACAAUUCACUGACUUAGCUUUAACUUUAGGCAAAAUGAUAGUAAAUGUCUCGAGUUAGAGUCUAGAUUCUUGAUCUAGAUUGACUAGAUUUAGAUCAGUCAUCAGUGAAUGAUCAGUGUAUCCAUCUCUCUGUGAAUAAUUACUUGUUUAUAUGAUUAACAUUUUUAAUAACAAUGAAGAGGGAAUCAGAAGAACUAGAAGAAAAUGAUGCUUCAAAAGUACCUAGAAUAGCUUCUGAAGAAAACAAAAGAAUCUUGUCAAGAGGGGUUAACUCACAUAUAUCAAGAGAGAGUGUCAUCUCAAGAGGAGCUACUAUUCCCAGCUCUAGUAAUAUUUUGUUGAGGUCAGCUAAUAAUCACGAUUCAUUAAGAAGGUCCCUUAAUGAAUCACACAAAAAAUCUUCAACUUCUGAUGUACAGAAUGUAACUAGAAGCAACACUGCUUCUUUGCACACUACUGGAGCUGCAAGAACAACUGCUAUAACAGAUUUUCCAUUAACUACUCCCAACAAAGUUCCAAGUCAUCCAAGUUUGAACUAUACUGGGACUAACAUAGUGAAUGCCACAACUAAUUAUACUAUGUUAUUAGACAAAAACUCCCCUCAAACAUUAUUAGCUAAAGGUUUUAAUUUGGAUCGUCGAAUAAGAAGUGCCUCAAUGUCUGAGUCGUUAGUUUUCAACAGUAGAACUCCUUCACCUCUCACUGUAGAUGGAAAUCAACUAUCUGCUUUCAGAUCUCAAAAAGGCUUAAAAGCUUUAUCAAAUCACAGUCUUGCUCAAAUGACUUUAGGAAAUGACACAUCACAAACAAACCUUCAUGAAUUAAAUGAUUUAAAAGCAUCUUCUAUAGAAGAUAAUAGGCAGCCAGCAUGCAGUGAAUCAUCUGCUACCUUGGAGCAAAGUACAAAUAAGCCAUUUGCCAUUCAGCAUUCAAGCUCUAAUUUUCAUCCAUUACUGAGAUCAACACCAGUACUGCAAAGAAAUAGCUUAUAUUCUGUAACUAAUGUUCCUAGAGGGACUAUGACUGCUACACAGUUCUCAUCUCAUCAUUCAGCCUAUGAAACAAGAUCAGGAAGUGCAGUUAGAAAAACCCAGCAACAAACAUCACAGUUGAAUAAUGAUCGAGAUGUGUGUACUAGACCAGCCAUAACCAAUUUACCUCCCAGAAAAAAAUCUAACUCUGAAUCUACUUUGUCAAGAUAUGUAGACAUUGAAGGCUCUUCUGCAAGAAGCAGAGGACUGGCUACCUUUUCAGCUCUUGGUUCAGGAUAUCAGCCUGUUUCUACUGCUUCAUCAAGCACUGUAGCCACAACAGGUAAUAAUAUAGCUGAAAUGACUACUCCAAGGCUUGAACCUGUCGCAGAUAGCUCAUCAAGUAGCACAGCACCUGUUAGAACCAACACUGUAUCUCCAAAUGAUGGAAUAGUUCCUGAAAUCAGUCAAAUGAAUUUUUCAUGGACAUCAUCAUCUAGAUCAACACAUCAGUCAACUGUGUUAAAUCUUAUUUUGAACUCUUUAGUCCUAGGCAUGCCGAAUGAUGAACCAUCACCAUUAUUACAACAAGACUUAAGAUCUAAUUCACAAUUUGCAUCUUGGUUGAAAAGAAGUUUUGAACAACACAGUCUGCGCGUAGAUAGAGCUGAUCAGAUUACAUGUGACACUGCCAAAGCAACAAGUAGCAAUGAUUCUCAAAUAGAUGGCUUGAAUUCUAUUCUUAAAAAAAAUUACAUGUCUUUAGUAAAAAAAGCUGGACCUUAUAUUUUAGGUCCAAGAAUAGGGUCAUCUCCAGUCCGAUGUAUUGUACAAUGUCUGGCUAGAAAGGAAAAAACUAACAAGUUUUAUAUUAUAAAGAUAUUGACUCUAGCAGAUCCAGACAAGGAAACCAUGGAUGACAGACAAGGAAAAAUGUUAAUGUUGACUGAGUUCUCUCUCUUGUCUCAUUUGCAAAAUUCUGAAGGUGUUGUUCAUUGCAUAGAUUUUUUUAAGGACAAGGCAUGGGACAGCACAGAAAAGUGUGAGAUCAACCGUCUGUGUUUGGUCCUAGACUGUCUGAUACCUCAUGAUUAUGACCCAGAAUCUCAUUAUUUUGUCAAUCUCCAACACCAUGUCAUCCAUGAGAAAAAACUAAAUGAGAAGGAAGCUUUGAUUAUUUUUUGGGACAUUGCUCGAAUAGUGGAAAAUCUUCAUCAGAAAAACAUUGUCCAUCGUGAUCUGAAGCUUGGAAACAUGAUUGUGGACAGAAGGUCCUGGAGAGUGACUAUUACAAAUUUUUGUCUGGGUAGACACCUUAAUUCUGAAAAAGAUAAAUUACGAGAUCAGAGAGGUAGCCCAGCCUACAUAAGUCCAGAUGUUCUAAGUGGCAAACCUUAUUAUGGUAAACCAAGCGACAUGUGGGCCUUGGGUGUGGUUCUUUUCACAAUGCUGUAUGGGCAAUUUCCUUUCUAUGAUUGUUUGCCACAAGAACUUUUUAGAAAAAUUAAGUCAGCAGAGUUUACUAUCCCCAAUGAUGGAAGAGUUAGUGAAGAUACUAAACAACUGAUUCAACAACUCAUAACUUUGGAUCCUCAAACUAGAAUGACUGCUGGACAAGUUGUGGAUGCCCUGAAACACAUUAUAGGAAAAUGGAAGGUCAUGAUGACUUGUGACACAGAUCAAGUAGUGCCAGACAUCCCAACUGUCACAGUUCCUGAGUUUCAACAUGACGAUAACCAGAAAAUGACUCAGACAGAAACGUCUGAAGAUUUACCUUUGAUCGAUUUCCAAAAUUGUCAAUUACAGAAAACAAGCAAUCUACAGAUAAUAGGUCAUUCAAAUUAUUUUUAAAAAAGUAUAAUGGAGUAUUUAAAAAAAAACUGAAUUGUAGUAUUUACUGCUUUUAAACUAAUGAAGCUUUGAUUAUAACUUAUACUUUUAAUUUUUUUAUGUAUCAUGUUUAAAUGCUAAAAGAUUUCAUAUUUAUAAGAAAAAAACAACUUGUUUUGAUCUAUAUUAUUGUAGUUAAUAUUCUUAGUAAUACCAAUAAAAUUAUUGUGUAAAUAAUUUAUAUACAAAUAUGUUAAAUAAAUUAAUGGACUACAUGGUGUACUUAUUUAGCUGUUAUCAAUGUGACUAUUUAAAUUGUUUUUGCAUUGAAUGCACAGAGUGUAGUAAUUAUUAUAAUUAAAAGCUACUUUAUCCUUGCCAGAUUAUACAUUUUUAUAAAUGAAAAAAAAAACAACAGCAUUUUGAUUUGUUUAUGUAAUUUCACUGAUAUCCAAGUGAAAACUAUUUUAUGGUUGGUAUGUUUAUUAGAAGUAAUUUUUAAAAGAAUAACAACAAAAAAAGGUUUCUCGUGUUCUAGUUUUGAUAUGUGUCAUAGAAUUAUCAUGGCACUUAUUUUUUUCCUAAUGUAAAAAAAAAAAAGGCUGUGACCUCUACUUUCAUAUAAGUUUACUUGUAAUAUGAUGAUACUAAAAGCAGAGACAAUAAUUCAUGAAACUGCUAAUUUUUUUUUGUACCGGGUACCACAUCUAUUACAUUUUAGCCAUUUCCUAUUAAAUAGUAAAUUAAAAUCAAAACUUGUUUUUUUUCUUCCGUGGCUUAGAUAAUGAUAAAAAAUAAAUGUAUGAACAUCUUGAAAGUUGUCCCAGAGAAAAAUCUGGAGAUAAUAAUUAGAUCUAUGACAACUUGUGCCAUUUAUUUGUAGUAAUAUAUAAAUAGUAAUAUAUAAAUAUACAUAUUAACUUGCUUCUUAUAGUAAUUCUUUUAUAAUCCAAUCCUCAUUGUUUCAGUUGAAAAUAUGCACUGAAUUCUGGACUUUAAUGUGUCCAGUAAUUGUUGAUGAAAAAAAAAAUGAAGUAAUUCAGAGUUUUAGAUUUUUGUUCUUUUUAAUCAUCAUCAUUCCUAAUAAAGAAUGAAAAUAACACAAUGUGGUUUCCAUACUUUAUUGACCAAAUGGCAUACAUACAUCAUUCAUUAUUUAAACAUUCCUAAGCUACAGCUUUAAACUGUUCUCUCAACCAUAACUGUCCAAACAUAUACACAUAUUUACACAAUAUUUUGUCUAGUCGAAAUUGAACUUUACAAAAGUGAUUAAGACUUAAAAAAAAAAAAAAAAAAACUUUACAAAAGUGAUUAAGACUUAAAAAAUAAAAUAAACAUAAAAAAUGUUAACUAACAUAAAAAAAAAAGACUUUUUUUUUUUACUAAAAGUCUGGACUAUUUUGCUAGCUGUUUAAUAAAACCAUGCUCUUAUUGCCAGUUAAGACUGCAUAUUAAAAAAUGUAUACUUUAAUAUCCAACCCAUCUUCAUCAUGUACAGUACAAUUGAUAUUUUUCAUGGUUGACAAUAACAGUGGGCAUAAUAUAUUUAUGAUUGGCUUUCUGAGACUAAAAAGUAAUACAUUACUUAUCAAACUAAGUAUUAUGCAAAUGAUUGAUUAAGUAUUACUUUUAUUUUGAAAUCACUACAUACCAUGACCGAUGGGCAUAUUGAUUGGACAUAAUUGAAACCUUUUUAUUUCAACAUAGAGCAAUAGCAGUGAAUAGCACUUUUUUCUGUCAUAAAAAAUUGCAAAAUUAAAAUGUCACAGAAGAAUCUUUACAAGAACUACUACAAACAUUUUUUUUUUAAAUAGAAGAAAGUGGUUGAUGGUCUAUACAGCUGUUCCUCUCUCCAAGUUCUGUUUUAUUUCAGAUGUGUAUUUACCAUAGAACCUUUCCAGUUUCUGGUUGAAUUUCAUGUUGCGUUCAUUAAUGUAGUCAAUGUCUGCUUCUUCAUCAAAUGUUCUGCGUCUGCUGUAUUUAGAUCUUUUUUCAAUCCUGGUAAAUUGCGUAGGGAAAAAAUUAGAAUUUAAGACAUACAUGUAUUUAACUAUACUUUUAGAUAUGAUUUAAAAUAGGUCUUAAAAAUAUUUCAGUUAAAAAAAAUGUACUCACUGUUUCUCAAGAUCUGUAACCAUUUUAUCAAUAGCUUCCUCAGAGUCUUUGUGAUCCUGUAGUCCAAGUGUAUCAGAAGAUGCAUAGAAGUCAUCCCCCCUAAAAUAAAGUGAGAAAGACAGUUCAUAUUCUUAGAAAUUAAACAUCUCCACCAUACCAUCCUGGUAGAGAUUUUUUUUUAUGACCUAGAUGUACAAUACAAACUAAAAAUGAAAUUAGGUUCUUACUCAUAACAAGAUGGAGAGUAUUUAUUUGAAUAGUUGAUAUUUGAUCUUAAUUUUAUCUCAGGAUUCAUUUGUGGAUUUAUAAAAUCAAUUUUGGAAUACUGUGUUGAAAUAAUCGAUACCAUUAUGCCUGUUCAUUUAUGAAUCAAGUUUAUCUAAUUCAUUCAUUAAAGUGAUACAUUUCUUGACAAACUCAAAUCUAGCCAGCUUUUUGCUGAUGAGCUCUUUUGCAGAUUGUGCCAAGGAAAAAUAGUGUGCUUUUUUCUUCAGUUGUUCAGCACUGCCGUAGAGGGUGUUGGUUAUGUUUAAAGAGGGAAUAGAACAAGUCUUUAAUUACUGGAAUGUGAGAGCCACCCACCCAGAGUGACUUUUGAUGUUUUUCUUACUGACCCUCUUACAUAACAUUUACUCAUAUCAGUUUUCUUGAUAGUUAUAAUUAGUCAAAUAUUCAGUUUUAAACAUUUUCUUUGGAAAAAAAAAAGUAUACAAAAUUUGAAGUAUGUAACCUUUUGUUUAAAUUCUUUUUGGAGAUAAGCAUCCCAUGUGCUUUCAACAAAUACAUCACCAAGCAAAAUAUGACUGAUAAAACAAAAUGGACUUCAUUUUGUUGACGCCAAAACAAAGUGGGUGAAAAAGUAGACUGACAAAAUAUCACAGCGUAAACUACAUUGCACAGAAAAAACUCAAAAGAUGGACUAAAUAAGAUAAUAUAUGAAUGAAUGUUAUUUAAAAAUCAUAAUUUUACAUAUUUUUUUCACUAGCUUAUUAAAUGUCUUAUUGGUCUAAAUUAAGGCCCACUGUGUUUGCAACUAGAAACACAUCCCUUUGUUUCAUGAGUGAUUACUCUUGAUCAGUCAGGUUACUAAGUUGAAAAGUUUGGAUUACCUUUUGAUCAGUCAAGUAACUAGUCAGGCUACUAAAAAGAUACAUUCGAUAAUCAUUGAUCAGGUUACUUAAUAAAUGGGAAAGUUUAUUGUAAAAUAUCAGCUUACAGCUUUUGACCUUGUUUUUCAUACUGUUGAAGAUCAGGUUUUAUCUGUUUAGUCAGCCUCUGAUAUUGACGGAAAGUUGCUUGUUCGUAAUC